AUGGGGGAUCAAGGCAACACAUCGGACCUGGUCAGACCGACCGACUAUGGCUUCCCACAAGUAUCAGCGAAGCAAGCUCUGACACCUCUCGAUAUGAACAUGCCACGACUGUAUGGCACGCGCUGGAUCCUGUGCUUUCCCCUCGAACCUAACGCGGCCAAGCAGGAAGUUUACAACGAACUAAAAGCCGGCCUUGCAAAAACCAUCUCGGAGAUCCCCUGGACCGCUGGAGUAGUCGGGCCAGAGACAGGUUCAGAGCCAGAUCACAGCAGGAUCGAGGUCGCUGACGGGAACAACGGCGUCUUGUUCAAGUACAAUGACCUUACCGCCUCAACAGCCCAACACCCGUCAUAUGAAGAGCUGAAAACGGCCCAGUUUCCACUUUCAAAGUUCUCAACGGCGCAACUGUCGCCGCUGGGAGUCAUGCCAGACAGAGAACCUGCCCCUGCCAUGGCCGCUCAAGCCAACUUCAUCCAAGGUGGACUGCUGCUGACGAUAUGCGCACAUCAUUCCGUCUGUGACGCAGCCGGCCUCAACACGGUGCUGCAGACGUGGGCUCAGAUGAGCUCCGCCAUUGCCAGCGGCUUAUCCUUCGACAAGGUCGACCCAGCGUUCCAUGACCGCACCCGUCUGAUGACAGGCAUCCCCGGCGCCGCCCUCGCCGACUUCCCCGAAUACGUCCUGGCACCGACGCCACCCGCCGCCUCCACCGACGUGAACACGCACCAAAUGGCCGCCACGCCGUUUCAGAUGCCCGACAUGGCCGCGCGCAUCUUCUUCUUCACGCCCUCGUCCCUCACAGCCCUCAAGACCGCUGCCGCCGCCUACUCGAGCAACGACGCCCUGCACGCGCUCGUCUGGCGUCACGUCACCCUGGCUCGUCUCGCCGCCCGCGGACGGGCAGAUCCAAAUGACAUCGCCGAAGGCGUCACGGCCCUGUUAUUCUCCUCCAACAUCCGCAGCAAGCUCAGCCCACCCCUGCCCCACAACUACACGGGCAACGCCUCGGUCGGCAGCAUCACGCGACACCUGUCGUACACGGAGCUGUGUGGCGGCGGCGGCUCCGACGGCCUUGCCACCGCCGCCGCCGCAUUGAGGAGUGCGGUCAACGGCCUGAACACGCCGGACCGCGUCGCCCUGACGAUCGGACUCAUCGCGUCGCGGCCGAAUCCCACGGACCACAAGUUCGCGUACAAUGGCUUCCUGGGCCCGGAUCUGUCGAGCACCACGUGGGCGGACCUCGACGUCUACGACACGGUGUGGGGAUCUCUGGGGACACCCGACGCCUUUCGGAUUCCCGGGGAGGGCGCGGACGGGGCGAUGAUGGUGUUGCCGAGGGUUCGUGGGGGUGGGCUGGAGGUCGUCGUGGCGCUGGAAUCUCGGGCGAUGGCGUGUUUGCUGGCGGAUGAGGAGUUCUUGAGUUGGGCUGAGGUGCGGCUCUAG